UGCAGUCUGCCAUUAAUAUGCUUUUCUUGUUUGAUAACCUUUGAACUAUUCUUUUUGUGUUGUGUUCCACGUUUUAGGCUUUAACUUAAUUCCCUCUUCAAUUACAUUUUUUUUUUUCUUUUUUUAUCAUCUUUGAUAAAAUUGAUCGAUGGAAUCGGAUCAGCGUUCUUCUUCUACUACCACUUGGACAGCCAUGAAAAAUAAAUUGUUUGAAGAUGCUCUGGCAAUAUACGAUAAGGAUACACCUGAGCGGUGGCAUAUUAUUGCGAAGAUUGUUGGUGGAACAAGCGCUGAGGAAGUGAAAAGGCAGUAUGAAAUCCUUGUAGAUGACAUCAAGAACAUCGAGUCUGACAGAGUUCCUCUUCCUGAUUAUCAAACAAAUGAAAGCAGCAGUCACGGCAACAACAUUAUUACUAAUGGAGACCAAACAGAGCAAAGGCUGAAGCAUCUAAGGCUGUAAUUUAGAUUUUAACAAGAAGAAUAUAUAGCAUUUUACCAUAUGUGGAUCGUUCAAUUUACUUGAUCAUUACCUUUUAAUGGUGAUAAAUUUUCUUCAAGAACAAUAUAUGCACCAUGCUCCAUUAUUCUACUCUUAAUUUGUUU